CGACUGGGUUCGUGACAUGACGGAUCGUGUUCGAGGAGCGGAUUGUGUCCGACACAUUUUAGGAGCACACGUGUUACUCCAGUGUAGAUGCGCUGCACACUUGAUAUGAGUCGUGAUAUUCUUUGAGGAACAAAGACUUAAUGGAUUUUUUUUCCAGACGUACUUGAGGUAAUGAUUUGUUUUUCUUUUCUUUUAGACCACCUGGGUUACGCUUGUUCCAUUUACAAACAGUGCGACUGUAACAAUGUGCAUGGUUGUGGGGUUAGUGUUCAAGUGUGAGGAAUACAGAUGAUACAAUUUUUUUCAAAAGAUAACGUUACUUUUUAAUCAAACAGGGAAGUGCCAACCACACAAAUAUGAACAAAGUAGUUCUGUGCCAACCACACGAAUAUGAACAAAGUAGUUCUGUGCCAACCACACAAAUAUGAACAAAGUAGUUCUGUGCCAACCACAUGAAUAUGAACAAAGUAGUUAUGUGCCAACCACGCGAAUAUGAACAAAGUAGUUCUGUGUCAACCACACGAAUAUGAACAAAGUAGUUCUGUGCCGACCACGCGAAUAUGAACAAAGAAGUUAUGUGCAAACCAGAAGAAUAUGAACAAAGUAGUUCUGUGCUAACCAUAGGAAUAUGAAAAAAAGUAAUUAUGUGCCAACGAUAGAAAUAUAAACAAAGCAGUUCUCUGCCAACUAUAGGAAUAUGAACAAACUAGUUCUGUGCAAACCAUAGGAAUAUGAACAAAGUAGUUCUGUUUAUUUUAGUAAAACUACUGACCUUUCAGCUGCUUGUAUUCAUCAUGUAAUAUAUUUUGUUAAUGCUCUGAGAAAUAUAUGACAAAAAAAGUGAACGAUUUUAAAAAAUGUUUCAUAAAUUUUAAUUACCGAGAAAAUCGAUAAAUUCCUUGAGAUACCGAUUCACGAAACGUGCUGAACGGGGUUAGGGGGGGUGGGGGUUCUCAACAACCUCGGGAGCUAGCACUCCCUAGGGGUGCCUGACGGCAGUAAGGGUUUGAAAAAAAAGUACCUUCAGAGCAGAGCAGCCAUUGACUUUUAAGGCACGAUAUACAUGUUUAUUUAUUUUGAAUCUUCAUUUGUAUUAUAAUGAUUCGCUUUUUUGUUUAUGAUCUAUAGUUAUCCUUGCACUACAGACAACAGAAAGAGGUCUAAGACACUGGGCUGGGUUAUUUUAAUAGUAUACAGUAUAGGAUUGCGUCCAAGCCUCGUGAAAUAAGCGUGAAGAAGGGAGAUUGUUGCCGUUUGAAUGUUCGGCUAUUCAGAGUCCGAGCCAAUCUUCUUCAACACUCCUAAGGACAAGUUCAGCACUUGUGACAUUUUGUAUGGAUGUUGUGGAAAUGUUUAUGGUUAGCGUUAAACUCCUACUUGUUUCAUUACUUUUUAACACGAAUGUUUAUUUUGUCCGCUCUUAACAUGUUCGGAUGUUUGAUAAAAAAAAAAAAAAUGUUGUGCUACAUUAUUUCGACCCGUCAUCGGGUCUCAGCAUCGCUGUAAGUCUGUGCCAACCAGUCUCUUGAAUCUGUAGAGAUGCUAAACUCUGUUGGCGUACACACACACCAUUCUCUGGAUCUGAUACCAUUUAUGUUUAUUGAUAAAAACAAAACGUGUUUUAAUCACAUUGUACUUAUUCACUCUCAGCAAAUGGAAAAAAAAUGUAUGAUCAAGAUAAGAAGUUUUUGAUCUAGUUAAAAUUAAAUGUAUGUCAUUUUAAUGUAUUGUCUCGAACUUGAAAAAAAAUAUCAAUGAUGUGCCUUAAACCACACUUCCUCAAACACGACAUUGACUUCAAGAGUCUUUUUGUGUAUCUACAUCGGCCAUCUCUUUCACUCUGACUGUGUUGCUGUAUUUUUUGCUCUAUUUCUGUUUUUCUUUCUCUCCCUCUUUUUCUCUCUUUCUCUUUUUCUACGGGUUUCAACUCUCUCUCUCUCUUUCGUUUUCUCUCUAUUUUUUUACGAUUCGUUCUCACUCCUUCUCUCUAUAUAUCUUUCUCUCUCUCUCUCUCUCUCUCACUAUCUCUCUCUUUAUCUCCCGUUAAUCACAAUAGCUUCCACUCUCUCAAAGAUUGUAUCGUUGAUCCUUGAAAUGACUUAUCCAACAAUAUGUGUGGUUGACAUACUGAGGCAAAUAGAGAAACAGCGAAUACUUUGCAGUGCGUUAUCUAAUGUCACGUCACCUAAAUUGGAUAGGGCAAAGUACUCGUAAUGUGAAUGGCGAAGUUUCGAUUCUUAUGCAUUAUCUUUCAUUGUAAGCCAGUGCCCCAUUUUCAGAUAAAGGACGGCCAUUUAGAACCAUUUACAAAAUGGUUAGUGGCGCACCUUGACUAAAUGCCACCGGGGGACGGGGGGACCCUCCUAUCUGCCCACAACCAACACACGUCAAUUAUACUUUAUAAUACAGGUAAAUCCAAAAGCCUGGCCGGGGGCUGUCGUCCCCAUUGCCGCUGCCCUUAGUUACACCAUUGCUUAAAAUGACGUUGUUAAACUUUAAGAAUAAUAUUCAGCCACUUACGUUUGUUGUUUAGACUGGCGUGAAUUAUAAAAGCACACAAGUGAAGAAAUAUGAACCUGGAAAUGCCGAUCAAUUCAUCAGUGGAUAUAGCGGGAGGUGGGGAAAAAAUGGGCGGAGAUGUGGUGUUUAUCUCUGUUUAACAAUCAUCCUUUUUUUUUUUUCUAUGUCUUAUCAUCGACAGAAAGGGAGAAUGAAGAGAUCGAAACACUGGAACACCUCGCUCAUGGUUACCCUGAUGGUCACACUGGUCGCCUACCCAUGUCUGGGCGUAGCAGGAGACAAUCAAGAGUCCAGCCUAACACGCAGUGCUUCCGGAGCCAUCGUGCUACCUGACAUUUCUGUCUCUGGUGACACAACAACUCCACCCAACACGGAAGUUAAACCCGACCCCAAAGCUUCGGACCCGGCAACACAUCCGGCUGUCGGCCUGUCAAGCGUGAACAGCUCCGUUGACGUGCUGAUGGCCGACUUGGACUCUAAAAGGAACCUGACCCGUUUCCUCUCCCAGCCGGUCGUCAACGAUCACAAUUUUGAAUUCAUCCGCAACCCGAUCGACGCAUGCGCGGGGAGCGCACCGCCGGAGGUGCUCUUCGUGAUCCCCUCUGCUCCGGGAAACUCGGAGAAGCGGGACCGCGUCAGGAAGGGGGCCCUCGGCGCGUACGCCAGGGAGCCUUCCAACAACGCCACGGUCUUGUUCUUCACGGGCACCCCGGACUGCUCCGAGGACUGGGCGCUCCAGCAGGCCCACAUCGACGACGAGUUCCACCUCCACGGGGACAUCGUCCAGGAGAACUUCCCCGACGUCUACAGGAACAUCCGCCUCAAGGCCGUGUCCAUGCUGAGGUGGGCGGUGACGUAUUGCAAGCACGCGAAAUACGUCAUCCGCACGGACGACGACGUCGUGGUGAACGUGAAACAGAUCGUCUCCGUCGUGCGUCAGAAACAUCGGGACCACCUCGAGUUCGUCAUCGGGGUCGUGAAAGACGACUGGAAACCGGCGAGGAAUAAAGGCAAGUACCACAUGUCCGUGGAGGAGUACCCAGACCCGUUGUAUCCACCUUUCGCGCUCGGCGGAUUGCUUGGGUACCCGCUGACGUCGGUGGCGUUGUUGUACCAGGCGGCGCUGCGGGUCAAGCCGAUAUGGCUGGACGACGUCUACAUCACGGGGAUCUGCGCGAGUAAGGUGGGGGUGACCUUGCUGAGGGAUCCUAAUUUUAAAUUUACCCAUGUCAAAUCUACAAAAUGAGAAGUGUCGGUUAUUUAUAC